AUGCUGCUGUGUCGCAUUGUGCUGGCACUGCUGCUGCUGGUGCUGCUCCACUACUGCCACGCCGAUGAAGAAACCACUACGAUAUUGCCCGUUUCCCUGGCAGAAUCGAUGGCCAGGUCGGCUGGAUCCUCGGCCGGAUCCUCGGCGGCAAGAGCCAGCCAGGGCGAUGCCUACAUAGCCCGCAACCAGAAGCAGUGCUUCGAGACCCGCAGCCUGGUGUCCUGCAUCAAGUACAAGGCCAGCAGGCUCAUCUGGAAGCUGGCCACCAACAGUCUCGGCUUCUUCCCCAACGAGUAUGGACGCGAUUUGGGCACGGAAAAGGGUCGCUGGCUGAGAUUGGUCCAGUUGGGAGAGCCCGCCGACGAGGUGGUCGUGUUCAACGACGCCAAGAGCUUGGAAGGUGACAGCGAGCUCACGCUGGUGCUGAAGUUCCUGAAGAGGGCGAUGGAGACUUUCGGGCGCAAUCACGGACUGCAACUGAAGCUGUCCAGCGAGAGUGGAGCGCGGGUCAUGGAGGAAUCCGAGGCCCGUUUGAAGCGCAAGAAGAAGAAGUGGCUCAUCAUCCUGCCCCUGGUGAUUCUGAUGAAGAUCGCCCACUUGAAGAUGACCCUGGUGAGCAUGCUGAUGGGCGUGCUGGGCAUGAACGUGCUGCUGGUGGGCGGCGUGGGCUGGCUGAUCCACUACCUCAAGUACAAGACCAUGUGCAAGAUCCAUCCGCACCUGGUGCAGACGCACUCGCACGUCUACGAGAACGAUCCCACGGACUACUCCCAGUUCGUGGGCAGCAGCAGCUACUCCAACUCCUACUCCCCGUACAGCUCCGGAUCCGGGUCUCCUCACGAGAUCGGCGGCAAUACCUACAGCAAGGACUGGGCCACGAGUAGGGCUUACAACGCCCACAACUAUCUGGACACGAUCAGCAAGCGAAUACAGUAGGGGGGUCCGAAGAGCCAAAUGGACUUGUGCC